AUGACGCAACGGUCCAAUGCCAUUUCGGGAUAUGGCAAAAGCCUUCUCCAGCCGUAUCUACGUCAGCAAAAGCAGCUCUGGGUACCAAGAGACCCCCUCUUUGCCAUGUACAAAAUCAUGUUCCCAAACGAAGUCGAGCUCAGGAAAAGAAUGUUUCGGAGAAAGAAAGGACAGUUUCUUGUCCCAGGGCCAAACUACCAGUGGUGCAUUGAUGGCCAUGACAAGCUCAAGGCGUAUGGAUUCGAGAUAUACGCAGCCAUCGACGCCUACUCGCGCAACAUUAUCUGGUUCUACGUCGGCCACUCUGCUUCAACUGCCUUGAGCGUGCUGAAGCAGUACCUCGCGGCAUGUGAUGCCUAUGGCUUCCGGCCAUGGUAUGUGCAGGCCGACAGGGGUAGCGAAACGCCUCUGGUCGCGGCAGCCCAUUGGAACUUUGUAUUGACCACAGACGGACAAGUCGGAUGGCAUGGGCAAUUUUUUCAACAAGGCAGGAGAUUAAAGGACUCGUACAAGGCAGCUCCAAGUACGAAAAACGUUAAGAUUGAGAGUUGGUGGGAGCGUAUGCUUCAUGUCUCCUCCCGGCAGUGGGUAGACUACUUUGGGGAGCUAGCCAGGGACGGGGACUUCGAUGGCGACAUGCUAGAAGAUCAGAUUGCCAUCUACGGCGUGUUCGAAGAUGUACUACGUCAAGAGCUGUUCGACUUUGUGGAGGCGUGGAAUCUUCAUCGAAUACGCCUUCAGAAGAAUCGUCCUCACGUGGUCCACGGCCAGCCCUGGAUGAACUACCAUUACCCCGACCCGGACAAGGCAUGCAACUGGGGUAUCCCGAUUGAUCGGUCAGUCCUACGUGAAAUGGAACGACCAUUGGCGGAUAUUGACGUCAGCACGUGUCUGGAGCCGGAGACAAAAGAUUGGUGUGUCCAAGUUCUCCGUGGAAUGGGCUACGAUCAGCAUACCGCAAAGCGCCAACUGGGGGCGUUGCCGAAUAUCAAGCAUUACUCGAACGGGCAAAUCAAGCUCGAGAAGGAGAGCUUGGAGAUGGGGAACCAGCAGAGCAACCACUUGUGGAACUGGGAUUUGAAGACGAGGAAGGACAUGACAUUGAGGGAGUAA